AUGCCAACGUGGAGGGUGAAACAACGCGCAAAAUUGUACAUGGGUAUGUUGGCAUUGGCUGUUGUCGCCCUCUUGGGCUUUGUCUCUUUCUCUUCUGCUGCUGAUACUGUUACUGUAACCAAGCAAGCUUAUUUCGAUAUCAGCAUUGGAGGAAAGCCUGCCGGAAGAAUCGUUAUUGGACUUUUCGGAAAUGAUGUUCCAAAAACCGCCGAUAACUUCCUUCAACUCGCUACUGGCUCCAAGGGAUACGGAUACAAGGGCAGCAAAUUCCACAGAGUCAUCAAGGAGUUCAUGAUCCAAGGAGGAGAUUUCACUCGUGGAGACGGAACUGGAGGAAAAUCCAUCUACGGAGAACGUUUCAAUGAUGAGAACUUCUCUCUUCAACAUUAUGGAGCUGGAUGGUUAUCGAUGGCCAAUGCUGGACCUGACACUAACGGUUCUCAAUUCUUCAUUACCACAGUUAAGACCCAAUGGCUUGAUGGCCGUCAUGUUGUCUUCGGAAAAAUAAUCAAGGGAAUGGAAGUCGUGAAAGCUAUCGAAGCUACUGAGACCAGACCAGGAGAUAGACCAGUAAAGGAUGUUGUUAUCACCGACUCCGGAGAGAUCACAACUGAUGUCCCAUUCGAGACUGCCAAAGAACCAGUCGUUUAA